UGUAAAUGAAGAUGUAGGUCAGAAGGUUAAUGAAGUUAUCUGAUAGGUUAAGGAAAAUUUUCAAAUUAUUUAUCUCCUCGACCUUCUUCAGAUGUACCAUAAUUACUUUCAACUGUAUCUGCAAAGAGAUUACCGUUGGGCUUACGCCAAAACAGUGACCCUGACAUCGAUAUCUCUGUAAGUUAAUCUUUGCAUCACUAGGCGUUUACCACAGGUAACUAUGUAAUCAAUACAAGUGGGAAUUCGUGUAGUUUUUAGUGGGCGGUCACGCGAACCACGCACAAAGACAUUCUGGUUUGCUUCGUAGUUUCUACAAGCAGAAAUCCUAGCAUCAAAACGGCACAAAGAUGGUAGCCCAUUCUAGAAUUCUUCUCUCCAAGUGUACCGAGUUCCGUAGGGAAAGUGAAUUCAUCGACGUACGUUUGAAAAUAGGUGAUAAACUUUUCCCUGCUCACCGAGUUGUACUCGCUUCGUACAGUGAUUAUUUCCACUCAAUGUUUAUUGAUGGAAGGGAAGCGAAUCAGGAAGUGAUCGAGCUGAAUGAUAAAAGCACUUCACCGGAGAUAUUCAAGAUCGUUUUGGACUCCAUCUACACUGGUGAUCUUCAUGUCAACCAGAAGAGCGUAUUUGAGGUUCUUCUCUCAGCUAGUCAGCUUCAGGUCGCAAGUGUUGUUCAACUGUGUUGUGAUUUCGUAAAGAAGGAAUUCAUAGAAAACGGAAUUGACGUGAAGAACUUCUCCGCGCUGUGUACAUUUGCCGAAGGACUCGGUCUGAGAGAUCUAAAAGAGGCAGCCGAGGCCAAAAUGGCAUCCAUGUACAAAGAUGUUUGCGAAACUAAGGAAUUCCUGACUCAUAUCAAUGCAGAUCAGCUACUCAGCCUUCUCGGUCGAGAUGACCUCAAUUCACCUUCCGAAGCUUUCGUUUUCAAAUCGGCGAUGAAGUGGAUCAAAUACAAAGGUGAAGACAGGAUGGCAGUUGCUGGAAAAGUUAUCGGAGCUGUUCGUCUGGGGCUGGUAGACGUUAAGAUUGUGAUUGAAGAGUUGAAAACCGAAGAAAUGCAGCGAGUUCCCGAGGUCAACAUGCAUCUGCAAGAAUCCAUGAUGCAUCACUGUAUGCCUUCUCAUAAAUUUGCUGCAGACAAAAUGAAGCCAAGAUCAAUGCGUCCGGUUCUCGUGGCCAUCCAUCCUAGUCGAGAAUCAAGGAGCAAAAAUUACGUAUGGGGGCUAGAGACUGGAGGCAAAGUUAAGGGGAAAGCCGAGACGGUAACCAAAAGUUGCUCGUGUCUCUCUUAUCGUCGGUCCGAAGAUGCUAUGGCUCAAUAUUUUGACGCUGACACCAAGUUGUGGAAGCCUUUGGCAUCGGUUGCUCAGCUAGGUGAAAUAACUGAUGAAUUUUAUUCUGUAGAAUUGAUUGGAAAUUACUUGUAUGUACUUGCAGAGGCGCAACAGAUACGUACGUCCCAGGUAUACCGUUAUCAUAUAUUAAAUAACACGUGGGAGAAACUUCCAAAAUUGAAUAUAUGGGAAAGAAAAGAUGUAGAUGAAUCAAACAACAUUCCGUGCAAGCUGGCUAAGAUCUGCCUAUGCUCUGUCAAUGAACAUUUGUUCGUUAUUUCUCAAUCAAAUCCUCCUCAAAGAUAUAGUUUGACCAGUGGCGUUUGGCAAGCUGGGGAAAAGUUGAAUUUUUUUAUAGAUGAUCGAGGGCCUACAAAUGGGUUUCAAUCUGUGGCUGCGACAGUAAUGAAUUGUAAAAUAUAUGUAAUUCACGGCUAUCGAGAACGUAAUGGUCGUCAGUGGGUCGAUAAGCCAGCAGUAGUGCAUUGUUUUGACCCCGAGAAUAAUAAAUGGGAACGUAUAGCGCCAACCCGCCAUCCUCAUUUUGGGUCUAGUAUUUUUGUAGUCAAUAACAGACUGUGUGUGGCAGGGGGUUCUAGUUCAAGCCCAGAUCUGUUAUUUAACUGUUCCGCAACUGGCCAUGGAGAAGUGGAAGUGUAUGACGAGUGGAUGGACGCCUGGUCUGUUGUGGAGCAAAAACAUAUCCCGUCAAACAAAUUCGGCGCGGUUGAAAUUGAAAGGAAGGUGUAUUUUUUAAUUAACAAUUUUCCUAUCGACAGUGGUAUUAGAAUUCCUCCGUGCGAGAAUUAUCCUGUUCACUUAGGUGAUGAAUGGAAAAACUUAGUAAAAGUAAGUGGAGACGCAGUCUUGUGUUAUUUGCCUGUCAAGAAAGAAAACUUAAGAUAAAAAAAUUAGUGAGAAAUCCAAGACAAAAUUUUCACUCAUGUACAAAUAUUCACAUAUGGAAUGGAAAAGAAAAAGGUCCUAAUGCCUGUUGCUGAGUAGUUUAUUGGAAAGCCGUGUUAUGAUACUUAAACAUACACAAUUAAAAUUCAUUGUUGUUCCAAAGAAGGAGUUUUAAUCGGUGUUCAAGAAAAAAGUUAUAGUUUGGUUUGUGUGCCAUAUUAGCUGAGGGUAUGGCACAUACAAUCAUAAUAAUACAAUACAUUGAGUAAAAGUUUUUUGGAUAGCACUGACAGAGGCGAGAUUCCACGAUUUCCACGUCUUUAUUCGCACUAUUUCAAGAGGUUACUACAGAUUAUAAAAGUCAGAAUAUAUAAAAAACAGUAAAUUGUAU